AUGGAGGAACAAAAGUGUCAUUCUGCCGCUGCCAAAAAUGUUAGACCCAACUCUAGUUCUUUCACUAACACUGGAGAUUUCUCUAACACCGCUUUUCCUCCCAAACCAAUCUCCACAUCUUACACUACUUCCAGGGAAAAAGGUCUUUGUUAUAAUUGUGAUGAGGUUUAUUCAUUGGGUCAUAAGUGCAAGGGUAGACAACAAUUAUUCAUGUUACAAACUGAAAGUUCUGAUACACAGGACACAAAGGUCGAGGACGAGGUUUUCGAAGAAGCUGUAGAAUCACCAGUUGAUUCUGACAUGGAGAUUUAUCUUCAUGCUCUCACUGGUACUACCACAGUGGAACACACAUCUCAUAUGUUAGUCACAGUUGCCAAUGGGGAGAAAACUGUAAGUACUGGUAUUUGUUAUAAACUUCCUUGGAGUAUGCAGGGUUAUAAAUUCUCUAAGGACUUCAGGUUACUUCCACUAGGGGGGUGUGACAUGGUGCUAGGUGCUGAUUGGCUUAGGAAGCUAGGUGAUGUUAUGUUUAAUUUCUCUAAGCUUAGUGUUUCUUUUGUUCAUCAUGGUCAGUACAUUACAUUGCAAGGUAUUACAAAUUCACCUUCCCUACUCAUGAUGAAUGGUUCAGCAGUUAAGAGAUUUAUUGAAAAAACUACUCAUGGCCUCAUUGGCCAUCUACUUUCAGUCACAACUAAUCCUAUACCCCCUCCAACUCCUGCACCUUUAUUACCUCUGUUAUCUGAAUAUAAGGAUAUUUUUGAUGAGCCUACUUCAUUACCUCCUCAUAGAACCUUGGACCACUCUAUUACAUUAAAACCAAACUCUCAACCUCCAAACCAAAGGCCUUAUAGAUGCCCUUACAUUCAAAAAGGAGUUUUGGGACAACUAGUGAAAGAAAUGUUGUCUUCUGGGAUCAUCCAACACAGUCACAACCCAUUUGCCUCACCAAUUCUUCUUGUCAAAAAGAAAGAUAAUACAUGGAGAUUUUGUGUUGAUUACAGAAGACUCAACAACAUCACUAUUAAGGAGAAGUUUCCUAUUCCAGUUGUAGAUGAAUUGUUGGAUGAGCUAAAAGGAUUUCUAUUUUUGUCUAAAUUGGAUUUAAGAGCAGGUUAUCAUCAAAUUCUUCUGAACCCCAUGGAUAUCUACAAGACUGCAUUUAGAACUUAUCAUGGCCAUUAUCAGUUCAAAGUCAUGCCAUUUGGUUUAGCCAAUGCACCUGCAACAUUUCAGGCACUUAUGAAUGAAGUCUUUGCUUCUUACUUGAGAAAGUUUGUUUUGUUGGAAUACUUGGGCCAUAUUAUCACUCCUGCUUGGGUUUGUGCAGAUCCAAACAAAAUUGCAGCAAUGCAAAAUUGGCCAAUUCCAACUUCUAUCAAAGAACUGAGAGGGUUUCUGGGUUUAACAGGAUAUUACAGGAAAUUUGUGAAGAACUAUGGUGCUAUUUGCAAGCCUCUUACUGAUUUUUUGAGAAAAAACUCCUUCAAUUGGAAUGCAGUUGCCACCUCUGCAUUUGAGCAACUCAAGCUGGCCAUGUCCUCCACUCCAGUGCUUGCAUUACCAGAUUUUUCUAAGCCAUUCACUGUUGAAAGUGAUGCCAGUGAGCAUUGUCUUGGUGUUGUCUUAACUCAAGAUGGUAAACCCAUUUCAUUUUUCAGUUCCCCAUUAGGGUCAAGAGCUAGAGCCUUGUCUACCUAUAAAAAAGAAUUUUUGACUAUAGUUAAGGCUGUGCAGAAAUGGAGGCAUUAUUUGAUGGCCAAAUUGGGUUCAAAACUUACUUCUCAGCUAGUUGGUGAUGACAAGGUACAACAACUCAUUGCUCAACUACUUAUUUCUGCCGACUCUGUUCCCCAUUAUACUUAUAAAUCUGAAAUAAUGAGAUACAAAAAUAGAAUAUAUGUGGGAGCUAGCAAUGGGGUAAGAACUGCAAUCUUGAAUACUCUUCACACAUCUGAUGCUUGUGGUCAUUCUGGCAUUCAAGCCACUUAUAUCAGAGCAAAGUCACAUUUCUUUUGGCCUAAAAUGAAGAAGGAGAUUAUCUUAUUUGUCACUGAAUGUGACAUUUUCCAUAGAAAUAAAGGUGACUGCUCUUUUCCAGUUGGUUUACUGCAACCUCUACCUAUACCUGAGCAUGCAUGGCAGCACAUCACCAUGGAUUUCAUUGAAGGUUUACCCAUGAGUGACAUGAAAAGUGUUAUCCUAGUGGUGGUUGAAAGACUCACCAAGUACAGUGAUUUCAUGGCUUUGCAACAUCCUUAUACAGCUGCUUCUGUGGCUAAAGUUUUCUUAGAUCAGGCCUUAUAUGGUUACCUUCCUCCACACAUGGCUUUUCCAUCAUCAACCACCACUUCUGUAGCUGCUGUAGAGUCUUAUCUCAAAGACAGAGAAGCAAUGAUUGAUAUUCUGAAGGAGUCUCUACACACUGCUCAAGCAAGAAUGAAGUUCUUUGCUGAUAAAUCCAGACAAGACAGGACCUUUGUUGUGGGAGACUUGGUGUAUAUGAAACUGCAACCUUAUAGGAAAGCUUCUGUGUGA